AUGGAUAUCAUGGACAGCGCUUCCUCGCCUCCCCUGAAGCUCAGUGCUGAACUUCGCAACCUCGUGUACGAGUAUGCGCUCACGAAAACAGCUGCUGUCGACUUCACAGCCUCAGCGCCGCCAUUGACAAGGACUUGUCGUCAGCUCCGCGAAGAAUCCUUGCUUUUGUAUUACUCCCUCAACGACUUCGUCCUCAGAGUACCCAGGGAUCAAUGCCCCGUCUACGUCGAACGUUUCGCAGCAUCGCAUUUCUCAGCCACACUCCUAGGCCGAGAGAUUCUGGCCACCAUCAAACACUUGAACGUGGAAUAUCACCUCUCCAGCAGCGAGAACCAGCCUCCGCCAUCUGGAGGGUCCCAACCGUUGCGUCGAGGCGGCUGGCUGGAGUUGGCGGAAGCUCUUGUCUGGGCUGGGUUGAGUAAAGGGCAGGUUGGCUGGACGGUCGUAUCGACAAGCUUCGAUGAUCCGAGCAUUGGGCGGAAUUACUUCAUGUACAUUGCGGAGUCGGCGAGGUUGCGGAUUUACCAACAGUUGGUUGUGGAGGACUGGGAGAAAGUCGUUGAUGAUUUCCACGGCCGUUUCGGGGUUGCGCAUGCGAGUUCACCAGGACAAAUCGACAGUAAUACCAUGCGUGAUGCAUGA